GUUGCUAUGAAUAUAUGUUUGACGUAGGAAUCUUAUAAAUUAUUAUUGAUAUUGCAAUUUUUUUUAUGAGUUAUGUUUCAUGAGUUUUUUUACCGUCGAUGUUUUGUUAUAUAAAAUAUUCGGCCUUCCUGGUCAACAGUUUACAUACAGUAAAAAGAGAUCUUUCAAGUGAGAGCGAUCCCCGAAGAGGAAAACCAAAACAAAGUACUAGCAAUGCACGUCCGGGCAAGUUUGUCAGCUGUAGUGAAGCAAACCCUGAACCAGAGCCAUUCAGCUUGACGAAUCAAUUGGUAUACAAAAUGUCAAUGGCACUGGUAAAACAGACAAACAUUGCAAACGAGCAAAUCGAACAAGUUCCAAAACAAACUGUAGUCAAUCGUCCGGAUUCCAAUAAUCGCAUGUCUGUAGUCAAUAUCCCUUUGAAGCGUGAAAAAAAGACAACACUUACGAUUAGCUCACCGAAUUAUGCCAAAUCACGCAUUAGUUUCACCCGACUGCAAAGCAUCAAAUCGAAAACGGCAUAUAAACCACUUGAAAAUAGAAACGAUACAGUUAUGAUAAACUCUGAUUGUUAUGUGCAAAUCCUUAUUGACUACGUACAUGUAUUGCUAGACAUUGAUAAACAUGUGAAUGUGGAUCUUUGUGACGAGAGUGGCACAAUGCUAAGAUUACAGGAACUGAAACCUCAUGAAAGCGCAAUGUCCCGAUUGGAGGCUAGGAAAACUUAUAAUUUAAUGUCUAUUGAAUGGGAUCCUGUAAAAUUACAGUACAUCGCCGUAACUCCACUAAUAUCUCCAAUUACACCCAAAGAUACUGAUUUAAUACAGAAAUUAAGUCGAUAUCCAUCAGUGAAUAUUAGUGAUACUCCUACAACGGCAAAAUUGAAAAUGAAGAAAAAAUUUUCGUUAAAUGUCUAGUUCAAAUUGUGAAAUACUUUAAUAAUAAUCGUAUCUUUCUCUUUUG